GCUCUUUUUAAUUUAGAGAGACUACAUAGCUAGAGAACAUCUGAUACAGAAAACAUUUCAUAGAAUACCUUGUAGUGCUUUGGCCCGAGAGCUCUUUUCUUAUAGGCGGGAUGAAUGGGCGGUGUCCACCGUGUCCUACCGCCCGCCCCGUGGGUGUGUUUAAGGCGAAUGUCCGCAUCCACCUGCUCGGGUGCUGCUCUCCCACAGUCUGAAACGCUCAACUUUCAGGAGUGCCUCGCAGCGUGCCGUUGGACACACUUUCCCCCACAAUAAGGAAUAUUUGUUGUAUCUCCCUUUUGGAAGCGCAGUUCCGUUGACAAUGACAUUUUUCUUUCCCUAAGCUCUUGCUCAGAAUUUAUCAAGAAAAUUGUAAUCAUUUUGGAGUGUUUUCUUUUUUCAUGUUCUGUUGAGUGCUCUCUGAGAGUCAUACGCACGUUGCUCUCAGGUGAAAAGGCUAUCGCUUCUGACUGUCCACCAACAGCAUCGGGAUUUAAUGUUUUAAAUCGGGAGAAGAAAGUAGACGAGUGUUUUGGAAUUUGGUUAUUCAAUGACUUAUAUUAUUGGAUUUCAAGUUAUUUUCGGAGAGCUGUUGUAACAACCAGGGAUUCUGUCACCGUUCCUGGGCUUGCCCGAGGUGGUUUGACCAUGCAGCUGGACGCUCUGCGGACCGUCCAGAUCCUCCUGGCGCUGGCCGGCUUCGCUCUGGGGAAUCAGCUCAUCAUCGACCCGCUAGCCGCACCUCGCGUUACCAUCUCCUUCAAAGAGUUGACGGCCACUGGCACUGCCCAACAUUUCGCCUACCUCCUGAACACCUCGGACUACCGGAUCCUGCGCAUGGAUGAGGACCACGACCGCAUGUACGUGGGCAGCAAGGACCACAUCCUGUCCCUGGACCUGCACGACAUCAACAAGGCGCCGCUCAUUAUCCACUGGCCAGUGUCCCAACAAAGAAGAACAGAAUGCAUUCUCAGUGGGAAGGACACUAACGGAGAGUGCGGUAACUUCAUCCGUCUGAUCGAGCCGUGGAACCGCACCCACCUGUACGUGUGCGGGACCGGAGCGUACAACCCGGUGUGCACCUACGUCAACCGCGGACGCAAACCUCAGAACGCCAUGCAUCUGCAGAUGCCCCAGGCCGGAGGCAGGAAUAGCCGCUCAGCCGAGGCCACCGCGGUGCAUGAGACACUGGGACUGAAGGAAUACAUCUUCCAAUUGGAGCCCGGCAAAGUGGAUUCUGGGAAGGGAAAGUGUUCCUAUGACCCCAAGCUCAACAGCGUGUCAGCUUUGAUCAAUGGUGAACUCUAUGCCGGCGUUUACAUUGACUUCAUGGGAACAGACUCGGCCAUCUUCCGUACCCUGGGCAAGCAGACAGCGAUGCGUACUGACCAGUACAACUCAAGAUGGUUGAAUGACCCCUCGUUCGUCCGUGUGCAGCUUAUCCCUGACAGCGCGGAGAGGAACGACGACAAGCUCUACUUUUUCUUCCGGGAGAAGUCUUCUGAGAUGGGUCAGAGUCCUGUGACCCAGUCCCGCAUUGGACGCAUCUGCCUGAACGACGACGGGGGCCACUGCUGCCUGGUGAACAAGUGGAGCACCUUCCUCAAGGCCCGGCUCAUCUGCUCGGUGCCUGGGGCCGACGGGAUGGAGACGCACUUUGACGAACUACGCGAUGUGUACAUUCAGCCAACACAGGACACCAAGAACCCCGUCAUUUAUGGGGUCUUCUCCGUGUCCGGCUCGGUGUUCAAGGGCUCGGCGGUCUGCGUCUACUCCAUGGCUGACAUCCGCAUGGUCUUCAACGGACCCUUCGCCCACAAGGAGGGACCCAACUACCAGUGGGUGGCCUACAACGGGAAGAUCCCCUACCCUCGGCCGGGCACGUGCCCCGGAGGAACGUUCACCCCCAACAUGAAGUCCACCAAGGACUACCCGGACGAGGUCAUCAACUUCAUGAGGAACCACCCCACCAUGUACAACGCCGUGUACCCGCUCCACAAGCGCCCCCUGGUGGUGCGCACCAACGUGGACUACGAGUUCACCACCAUCACCGUGGACCAGGUGACCGCAGCCGACGGCAACUACGAGGUGCUCUUCCUGGGAACCGACAAGGGGACGGUUCAGAAGGUGAUAGUCCUGCCCAGGGAUGACCAGAUGACUGAGGAGCUGGUCCUGGAGGAGGUGGAGGUGUUUAAGGUCCCCACGCCGAUCACUACGAUGAAGAUAUCAUCCAAGAGGCAACAGCUGUACGUGUCGUCGGUGGAGGGCGUGACCCACCUGGCGCUGCACCGCUGCGACGUGUACGGGGAGGCCUGUGCCGACUGCUGCCUGGCCCGGGACCCCUACUGCGCCUGGGACGGCAAGUCCUGCUCCCGCUACUCCGCCUCGCAGAAGAGGUCUGACCCCUCCAGACGGAGCCGUCGGCAGGAUGUCAAGUACGGGAACCCCAUCCGCCAGUGUCGCGGCUUCAACUCCAACGUGAAUAAGAACACGCUGGAGAUGGUGCAGUACGGGGUGGAGGGCAGCAGCACCUUCCUGGAGUGCCAGGCGCGCUCCCCGCACGCCCUGGUCAAGUGGCACCUGCAGAGGGACAACAGCGACCGCAGGAAAGAGAUGCGCUCCGACGGGAGGAUCCUGAAGACGGAGCAGGGCCUGCUGCUGCGCUCCCUGCAGCCGUCCGACUCGGGCAUGUACCAGUGCACCGGCACCGAGAAGAACUUCAAGCACACGCUGGUGAAGAUGCAGCUGGUGGUGCUGUCGGGGCGGGCGGUGAACAACGUCCUGGUGGAGGGCGGGGGCGGCGCCGGGGGGGGCCCGGGGACGGCGCUCAUGUCCCCCAACGUGGGCCCCAACGCGGGCCAGUACAAGGACCUGCUGACCAUCCUGAGCCAGCCGGAGAUGGGCCUGAUCAACCAGUACUGCCAGGACUACUGGCAGCUGGGGGACCCGCUGCUGGGAUCGCUCAAGGCCAAGGACCUGAAGGAGCUCAAGGAGCAGAAGAAGCCCCGCAACCGCCGGCACCACCGCGCCCAGGAGCAGCGGGCGGGGGGGGGGCAGGAGGAGGAGGAGGGGGGGGAGGAGGAGGACGGGGGCGGGGCGGUGGAGACAUGAGGAGGCCUUUCCCUUCUCCUCCCUACAUGUGAAUCCCAACCUGUCCCCGCCCCCUUGACCCCCAUCACACACCCUCCCCCCCAGCCCGACCCAACCUGUAUAAAAGCAACAGACUCGAUGACAUUAGCAACGUGAAAAAAUAAGAGAUCAACUCGACACACCUGGAGAAAAAGAGAAACAGGAAAAAGAAGCGUAGGAAUAGAAUCCCACAGCAACGCAUCCCCGUCAACAGUAAGAUAUAUGAUACACAGUAUUUAUUGUAGGUUGUAUAUAGUAUCAUUCUGUGGAUUUUCUUUGUACUUAUAGAAAAAAAAAUACAUGCUCUUUAUGUAUAGUACCUUUUGGGGGCAAAUAUUAUUGUUAUUGUUGACGUUAAUUAUAUUGUUGCUGUUACUGUCAUCCGAAACAUCCCCUGCCUUCACUCACAUCACGGACGAUGGUGGCUUUUUUUUUGUAAAUGGGCUGUCUGGUCUGUGGACCGUUGUGAGUGUACGACAACGAGAAGUCUCUAAGUAUUGUGGGAACUGAACCUGGAGAGUCUGGGGUCGGCAGCUGGGAGCUCUCUCUCGCUCUCUCUCCCUCUUUCUCUCUCCCUCUCUCUAAUUCUCUCUCUCUAUCUCUCUAUCUCUCUCUCUCGCUCUCUCUCCCUCUAUCUCUCUCUCUUGCUCUCUCUCACUCUCUCUC